AUGUCUGGAUUAUUAGGUCUUAUCGAAACCGAUAUACUCUACGCAGAGCCGGGAACGGAACAGGCCGAGAAAUGGCGGAUCGCGCAGUCUAUCCUUGGUAUUGGAUCACUCCGUGUUCUCUCAAAGAUCUGCAGAUCUCCGUGCUUCGAAAUAUUGCAUCAGAUGUACGGCAUCCAGCCUCCGGAAAGCAAGUGGGCAAGGGAUUUUUGGCUUGCCCAGCGCAGUUGGACUGAGCUUGCUCUGAUUAACAUGACUUCUGAGGACACAAGUUACCACAGGGUGAAUCAAGGCACUGGCCCACAAGCAAAAGUUCUUUGGACUUGGGAUGAAAUUUGCGCCGAGAGGAUUUGGUGGGCACCGGCGACCCCCAAUACUCCAUCCAAGAAUACGUCAAUGACAGGCGAACCCUUGAAGUGCCGAAGUGAUUCAACCUUAGCAACUCAAACAGGAAGACCAGCCGGAACACGAGGGGACUCCAUUCCGACUUCAUUAUCUGCGGCAUCGACAGCUCUCAUAUCAGACGAUCAUGUAAGCAUUGGCGAAAACAGUCAUACGGAAAAGAGUCACCAGAAGAGCCCAUUGCCCCCUGGGCGACUCAGAUUGUUUCCACCGAAGAACAGCACCGAUAUCACUGAAGGCACGACGGACAAAUGGUGGAUGGAUCGUUGGCAGUGCGAAUUCUUGGCCGUUGCCGCACUUCACAACAUCACCAAUGACAAGGCUUGUGAGAUCUUGACAGCAGCUUACUUUGGAUAUCCAGCCAACGCAGCCUACCACAUCUUCAUUGGGGCAUUGUGCAUCACAAUGGCCACCGCAACGUUCAUUGCCGGUGUUUUCUCUGAUUGGUCGUGGUGUCUACAGUUCACUUCUUUGACAAGCCUGGGCUAUUUCGUUAAUAGGACUGCCUGCCUGCGUGCAUGGAAAUUUGAGCCGAACGCAGCACUGAAGAACAAGGUGCCAGAAAUCUUACAGGACUGGCCGUCGACCGAUGAAGGCAAAGUGGUGGUGCGGUUCGCAACCCAGAGCUCUGGUAUUUGCAACCUACGCGUUUUGAUUGCAUUCGAGAGACAAGACAUGGAUGCCGCUAAGGACAUAGCUCAGAAAAUGAAAGGCCGUUACAGGUCGCUACGCAAAGCAGCCAAGGAGGAUAUCAUUCCAUAUGCCGAAUCGGGUCCAGGGUCUGCACCAACGACUAACUGGCUGAGCUACGAGGUUCAGUCCACAUUUUACGGGCUAGCAGGAACAGUCAUGCCGGACAAUGUUGCACUACGUUCCAUGUCUGUUGUCGCAAGUAUACCAUUGGGUAUUAUCUUACUCAUGCUCGGAUUCGGAUCCACGGCGAAGAAAGGAUGGAACAGCUAUAUCCUGAUCAUAUAUAUUGCAGGCAUUGUCUGUGCUAUAUUUAGCAGAUCCCGCACCGCAAAUUGGACGAUGCCGGAGUUCGAAGUAGUAGACUUGACGCGGAUGGUCGCGCCUCCCGUGGUGGCCGCAAGAUUGGAAAAUUUCAUUGCUGAUAUCCCUCAAGCUCGUCCGCUCCUGGAGCAGAUAAGCCGCAGGAAAGCGACAUCUAAGAAUAAGAAGAAGCCCAGUUAG